AUGCAGAUAUUCCCGAGUAUCGUGGCCUUUGGUGCUUUCGUUGCCACUCUUGCCUUCAGUCCUCAGCCGGCUACUGCCCUGAAUAUCGUGCCGGCUAGGCCCGGGUCGAAGCUGUUUGAUCAGUUCCGCCCGAUUUUUCACUUCAUGGCACGCAAGAAUUGGAUGAAUGACCCGUGUGGUGCGUAUUACGAUGAGGUCACGAACCUGUACCACAUGUUCUACCAGUCAAACCCGUCCUCGACGAUCUGGGGAAAUAUGACCUGGGGUCACGCUGUCUCGAAGGAUCAGGUUUUCUGGGAAGACUACCCAGAUGCACUGCUCCCGAAGGAGAACAAGUGGGACCACAAAGGUGUGUUUUCGGGCUACACAAUGAAGAAUGCUAUUGCCAAUAAAACAACGAUAUUCUACACUUCUGUCACUGCUAUUGGCAUUGCCUGGAAGAAACCAUACUUGAACGGUGAGCAUGUCAUGUAUGCCACCACCGACGAUAACGGUAAGACCUGGCAGAAGGACACGAAGCCUCUAAUUAAAUACCCACCGCCGGAUCUCAGUGUGACUGGCUGGCGCGAUCCGUCCCCGUUCCACUCAAAGUCGCUGGACGCACAUUUCGGAUACGACGCCUCGAAAGGCAGUAACUACCUUAUCAUUGCCGGUGGUGUCCGAGAUGAAGGUCCGCGUCUCUUCCUGUAUCAUGCGGUAGACUACGUGAACUGGGAGUACAAGGGGUUCCUAUUUGCCCCAGAGAAAAACACGACAUUCUCUCGCUACAGUGAAAGCUACGGCUAUAACUUUGAGAUGCCUGUCUACCUUGAAAUAAAGGACGAGGACGGUUAUUCCCACAAUGUGUUACUGUUCGCUGCUGAGAGUGAACCGGAUCGAUACGUCAUGUGGGCGUUUGGAUCGUUCUCCGGUCAUGGCAAAGGUGCCAAGAUGGACAUGGGAGCAAGUCGGUUUAUUCCUAACACAGUGGGCAUAGUGGACCGCAGCGAAUGGUACGCCGGUAACAUGUACACGAACAAGGAUGGUAAAAAUGUUCUUGUUGGCUGGCUCACUGAGGACAACAACUUUAAGAAGGGACAGCCUCAAGGCUGGGACGGUAUCCUUUCGUUGCAGCGUGAAGUGACUGUUGCUAUCGUUCGUGACAUCUACGAUGUGGAAAACCGUCUCGUAGGCUUAGGCGACACGAUCGUGUUCAACUGGGAAGACGUCGAGUGCAGCAAUGGCAUGAUCAAGCAGAAAAAAACCAUCAAAACGCUUGGUAUGAAACCACUGAGCGACCUACAGCUCCUACGCAACAAUGAUGCGCUCGAACAUAUUACGAGAAUGUCGAUCAACCAUGGCUCGCGUGUGUUGAGCUCAACGGGUACUUCGUUUGAACUGAUUGCUGAGGUCUCUAAUUUUGAGCGUGGUAGCAAGGUUGGUUUCGAGGUUCGUCGCAGCUCGGAUGGUGACGAGGUGACGACCAUCAUGUAUGAUGACAAACAGAAGAAGGUGAUCAUUAACCGCUCGAGAAGUUCAAGUGCGACCUGUGCCGUGUUCGCGGACUAUAAGAUGAAACCUGCCUCGGAGUCGGUUUGGGGCCACUUUUACCUGUACGACCUCUUUACGGGUUCAAAGAACGACGUGUGUGAAACUGCUCGUGAGAAGCUGCGUUUUCACGUAUUUGUGGACGUGUCCAGUGUCGAGGUGUUUGUAAACGACCGCUUUUCCCUGUCAGCUCGAAUCUAUCCGUGUGCUAGCAAGACGAAAUCGGAUGGCAUCGCAUUGAAGGCUACGGGUAAAGCCAAGUUUGAGAAUGUGCGUGUCUGGACGAACCCGAAACCCGCUUGGUCCGACCCGCGUAAGGCAAAGCAAUUUUAG